CAGAACUGUAACAUAGAACAGUUUUGUUUUUUUAGCACUGAGACCAACAGAAGAAACUCCAACAACGGAGGCGUGGGAAAGAAGCGGCGCAGUCGAAAAUACUUUUAAGCUUCAGGUAGGCUAUUUGCUGCAGCACAAUGACGGCCUCCAGUAUCGGCAACGGUCCGGAAAAGAAUUUCAACGCCAAAGAAGAACGCAAGCUGCGCAAGCCCUUGAUAGAGAAGAAACGCAGAGAGCGGAUAAACUCAAGCCUCGAGCAACUAAAGGGCAUAAUGGUGGAUGCCUACAAUUUGGAUCAAUCCAAACUGGAGAAAGCUGAUGUGCUUGAGAUAACAGUUCAACACAUGGAUAACCUUCAGAGAGGCAAUGGAACAGCCAGUAGUAGUCAUGGACCAGGCAGUGGGUUUGAGUCUCGACAAAGAUACAGCACUGGCUAUAUACAGUGCAUGCAUGAGGUGCACAACCUGCUCUUGAGCUGCCCCGGCAUGGACAAAUCUUUGGGUGCAUGUCUGCUCAACCAUUUGCUGAAGUCUCUGCCCCAUAUCAGCGCUGAGGCCAACACGUGUUCAACUGGUACCUCCAGCUCUCUUCCAUUAUCCCCGACUCACUCCCCUCUGAACCUGCCCUCCUUACAGAACCACCCUCUCCACCUGCACACUCCUUCCUCCCCUCCACCACCUUCUUCACCCUCCAGCCCUUCCGACUCGCCCAGAAUUCCACUUGUCAGAGAGAGAAGUUACUCUGUACCCCAAGAACUGCCCUCUCCCCCGAGGUCUCCUUCUCCUACAGCACAAUCAGCCCUCCCCCCCUUCUUUCUGGGGGGCGAUCCCUCCAUGUGGAGGCCCUGGUGAAUGAAUGAAUCCCAGCCCCCUUUUGCCCUCCUCUUGCCCUUCCUGGCCCGCCCUUCCAUACUUAAUAGUUUCCAUUACACUUGAUCUCUCGGGAGGUUGGAGUGGUUUCCACUCAGAGGGGGCUAAAACUUGAUAUUGGGUUACACAGUCCCCAGGGGGUUUGUUGUAUCAUUUGAAGUACUGUAGUGCAUGCCUGGAUGAUUAUACUAUUUCAUGCUUUGAGGGUUUGAACACAAAUGUGUAAUAACAGCAAAGUUUCCCUCAUUGACUGAAAUUUAGAUAUAGUAUGUUGACUAUUCUGCAUCUAGAGGAAUUGCAGUCUUUGCCAUUUUUCAUACAAUUAUUUAGUAUAAGAGUAUUUUACUUAGGUGUAUUUUUGUGCAUUUUAUAUAAUGUUUGCAUUGUUCUUAUAGUUGAGUUGUAGAAAUGAUUUUUUUGUACCGGCAGUAAAAGCUUUUUCUUUUAUCUUAAAUGCAAAACUCUAUAAUCUGUGGACUAAUGGUUGCUGUUAAAGGGUGGAAUGGAGGAGACGAACAUUUGUGAAAUAAUACUCCAUCCUUGUAUAUUACAAGAAAAGAGGAGUCAGUAGUACCUCAUAUUGAAGCAGUUAAACAGAACUGUGUAUUGAUUUUACACCGAUAAACA